AUGAGUAUUCAACAAGGAUCCAAACUACUUACAAUCAAUUUAAGAAAGCUUGAGCACCCAUUAGUUUCAAGAGUUAAAUUCGAUAUCGGCGAUUCAAGCCCUCCGAUGGCAGUUGGAGACAAGUUUCAGCCUUCACAUGGCAAGAUAAUGAAACUUGAAAAAGAAAAAAAACUUAGUUUUAAAGAAUUCUCAGAAUUCAUGAUUGCUCAAAGAGAGAUCACGGUAUCUAAGAACUAA